AUGGACAACGAAGGAGGAUUUAUAACAGUAUCCGGUAUAGUUACACUUGUUGUUGCCUUCCUUCUUAACACUGGUCGUGGCUUAGAAGCCAUGAAGUUAGGCAAAGAAUGUUUGAUUUUUCUAACCUCCAAAGCACGGAUAAAAGAAUACCACUGGUUUUACCAAGCAAUAUAUUUGCUACUGUUUGAUGCAGCAUACAAGGUCUCCAAUUUCACAUCUGCAGAAAGAUAUGCGAAGGAACUUCUUAUCUUAUCAAGGAGUAUUGGAGACAAACAAACAGAGGCGCUAUGUUACAUGAUGAUAGGAAAAUUAUUUAAUUCACUGUGUGAAUAUCACAAAACUGAGGAGUAUUACAAGAAAGCACUGACAAUCACUGUGUCAAAUGGCGACAGAGAUAGCGAAGCCACCAUUUACGAAAACCUAGGUAGAAUCGUUCAGUCGCUUGGGGAGUACGACAGAGCUGAGGAAUAUUACCAGAAAGCGCUACCAAUAAGAAAGGAAAUUGGCGACAGAAAAGGAGAAGCAACUGACAACGGAAACUUAGGAACAUUGUUUGAGUCGCUUGGUGAAUACAAAAAGUCGCAAGAAUACACCGAGAAAGCACUGGCAAUCAGAAAGGAAAUUGGCGACAGAAAAGGAGAAGCAGCUGACUACGGAAACUUAGGAACAUUGUUUCAUUCCCUAGGUGAAUACAAAAAGUCUCAAGAAUACACCGAGAAAGCACUUAAAAUCAGAGAGGAAAUUGGCGACAGAAAAGGAGAAGCAGCUGACUACGCAAACUUAGGAACAUUGUUUCAUUCCCUAGGUGAACUUGAGAAAGGCGAAGUAUGUUUUCGCGAAGCUCUCUUAAUUUGCAAAGGCAUUGGAGAUAGUAUGACGGAGUUUAAAGUCUUUUGUGGUCUAGCAGUUUUGAAGUUAGUGCAGUUUAAAGUCGAAGAAGCUUCUUCGUAUCUUUCUCAAUCUAUUGCAAAAUUUGAAAAAGUGCGAAACUUUCUAAAAGGCAACGAUCGCUUCCAAAUAUCUUUGUUAGAGGAGCAUGGCGCCUUUCCCUACGAGGUGCUCAGUAAAUUGCUUUGUUUUAGCGAAGAUUUCACAGAUGCUCUUUGCGUUGAAGAACAUAGACGGGCAAGAGCUCUAGCGGACUUGAUGACAUCUCAAUAUUCGGUCAAAGAGUUUCAGUUUUCAAGCGAUCCGCGAUCAUUGUGUGGAAUCCAUGAUAUUAUAAAAGGAGAGGCCAGUUGUAAUUGUCUUUACCUUUCGGUUGGCGAUGAAGAUGUACGGAUUUGGAUUCUUCAACCAAGUGGAGAGAUUCGUUUCCGAACAAAAAGAAAGGACUCCGGGUCAGUUCCCAACUUGAAAGCACUGUUUUCGCAGAGUUUCCGCCACUUUGCUGUUUUACCCAAAGAGGUUUGUGAAGAUCGGUCUUUAAAUGACGAACGUGUUCCAACAUCAUCUGACGAUGUCAACCGAUCGCCUUUGGCACACACUAAAGGUGAUGAUAUGAAAAAAAUUAUUCAUUUGUGCUACGAAACAAUCAUCGCUCCCGUGGCCGAUUUAUUGAAAGAGCCUGAAAUUAUCAUUGUCCCUGAUAGCUGCAUGUACCAAGUGCCAUUUGCAGCCUUAAUUGACGAAGGAGGAAGAUAUUUGUCUGAAAAAUUCAGGAUCCGUAUUGCUCCUUCUUUGACGACCCUCAAGCUUAUUAAGCACAGUCCUCCAAACUACCACAGUCAGAGUAGUGCACUGAUAGUGGGUGAACCUGAGGUGAGUGAGGUGAUUUACAGGGGACACCGGAUGACCCUCGAUCCACUACCAGGGGCAAGGAAAGAAGCUGAGAUGAUUGGAAAAAUGCUUGGCGUUCCCCCAUUGUUAGGGAGACAUGCAACAAAGGAGGCGGUUAUUGAACAGAUGAAGUCAGUUGCGCUGAUACAUUUUGCUGCGCAUGGAGAUCCCGAAAGAGGAGAAAUUGCCCUUUGCCCUGUUCGUACUACUAAUGAUAUUCCACAAGAAGAAGAAUACCUUUUGACGAUGGCUGACGUAUCCGAAGUUCAACUUAGAGCUACACUGGUUGUUCUAAGCUGUUGUCACAGUGGACGCGGAGAAAUUAAAGUCGAAGGAGUCAUUGGAAUCGCUCGGGCGUUCUUAGGAUCUGGUGCUCGGUCGGUGUUAGUGGCACGGUGGAAAUUGGAAGACGAAUCAACAGAGCAGUUCAUGAAUUGUUUCUACGAACACUUGUUUCGUGGUGAAAGUAGCAGCGAAUCUCUUCACGAGGUUCGAAAGUGGAUGAGAGGUAACGGCUUUCCUAAAGAGGAAUGGGCUGCGUUCAUGCUGAUUGGAGAUAAUAUCACAUUGAGGAAAGAAGACAUAACGUGCAAGGUUCAAAACUGAUUAGGAAAUCCUGUA